GAAACAGCUGGGACCCCCGUUCUGACGUACAUGGCACUGACGGAGAUCAGUCGUUGAGAGGAACCAGGAGUUUCACAACUUCAGAAUCGAUAAGCAGACUCAAGUCUAACUUAUCGCUAUGGCCUGGACUGGUUAUCAAUUUUUCCUGGCCGGCCUACUGGUCUUCACCGGCUCGAUCAACACUCUCGCGACGAAAUGGGCGGAUAGAGGCGUUGCUCCUGGUCGACCCGAUGGCGUCAUGCGCAACGGAACGAGCACUUUGACUCCUCACACCUUCCAACAUGCCUUCUUGCAGGCGCUUGGAAUGUUCAUUGGAGAGUUCACAUGUCUCGUUGUCUUCAAACUCCUUUUAUGGAGAUACGUGGGCUGGAAUGGACGGGAGGAUGAAGAUCAAGAUACGAUCCCCUCCGUACUCCGGGGAAGCCGCACCUUCAACCCACUGAUAUUCCUACCCCCGACUCUCUGUGAUAUGAUCGGAACGACGACUAUGUACGUUGGUCUCACCCUCACCUUCGCAUCUUCCGCGCAGAUGUUCCGAGGUGCUGUUAUUCUUUUCACUGGACUCUUCUCGAUGAUUUUCCUGAAGAGACAGGUGCGCCUGUUCCAGUGGAUCGGCAUCCUUUUUGUUCUCGUAGGUCUAGCGAUAGUGGGAGCUGCUGAUAUAGUCUACGGUGGGAAUACUUCGGGAGCUCCGAAUGUGUUUUUGGGUGAUGUACUGAUUGUGUGCGCUCAGGUAGUCACAGCGACCCAGAUGGUCCUAGAAGAAAAAUUCGUCGUUGGAAGCAAUGUGCCUCCUCUGCAAGCCGUCGGCUGGGAAGGUCUAUUCGGCAUUCUCUGCAUGGGAAUGCUCCUCAUACCGCUAAACUUCAUCCAUUAUCACGGUGCUCCGAUAGAGGACUCGAUCGACGGACUCUACCAAAUGUACAACUCGCCGCAAAUCGCCGGCGGUUUUUUCGGAACCGUACUGUCGAUUAGUUUCUUCAACUUCGCUGGAGUGUCAAUCACGAAAGAAAUUUCAGCAACGACCCGCAUGGUUCUGGAUUCUGUUCGCAUCAUCGUCAUUUGGUCAUUCACAGUGCUCUUCAAAUGGCAAUCAUUCAUUCCGUUGACGCUGGCUGGCUUCUUCGUACUCGUGUUGGGAAUGAAAAUUUACAAUCGUAUCAUAAAGAUUCCGUGCUUACCCGGCUACGAGAGCACAGAAUCGGCGGAGAUUCAGGAGAGAAGACUGAUCGAAGACGAAGAUUAGCUCCCACAGGACCGGAGUUGGGUUUGAAAAAUGACCAUUGGAAUCUCCUGAGUACGUCUCGACCACCAGUGUUCCAGGAAGCUCACAAACAUUCGUCAGCAACCAGGGGGUGCCGUUAAUGGGGGAAGCCCAUGGGAGAUAAGGAAGAUCUUUCAAAAUCAGGAUUUCGGUUUUGAUGGUGAAUCUGUUCUGUAAAUAUCCAGCGAAGCUUGAGCUUUAUCCAGAUAGAUAGAUACGCCUUGGAGUUUGUUCAUAGUGAUACUCUUCGGAGCCUAUUCGAGAAAACUUGGGAGCGCGUCUUCCGAUAGAUGAGAGCGAGGAAGCAAGGGAAAAUAUAAAAGCGCUU